UUUUUUCAAUUCGAAUAUUUGUUUAUUAAUUUCCGCUUCAUAAGUGCACUGUUGAUUCUGUACAGAGUGCGACUUCUCCGGCAAUCUUCGCCGUCGACUGCCCGUCGGCACCUUGCUGCUGCCCUGACUGGCCUCGCCUCUCUCUUUCCGGUGGGGCGGAGCAGUCGACGUAUCCGAGUUUCUCUCGGCAGUGCGGCACGUCGCGCUCGCUCUGAGCCCCUCGAUUUUCUGGAAUGUCCUCGCGUUGCUCUUCUUCCUUUUUUUCUCGAAACUUUUCUAAAGGAACACUCUCUCUCUCUGGCUCUCUUUCUUCAGCGGUAUCUUCUGAAGCUGGGAAAGUAGUGGUUUCCCGUUCAGUGGUUUCGUCGAAGGUAGAAAAGGGAAGUUCUGGUGAAGCGUGCUGAAGACGACGUCAUUUGUACCUUGGGAAGGUCGAAGGGCUUCGGGGCCCCCGGAGGGUAAAGAAAUUGGGUUUCUGAGGCCGGAGAUUGAUGUCAGUCCGGCGGAUGAGUUUCCGGAGCCUGUGAAUAACGGCGUUUCCGAGCGGUGGAACCUGAUGCCGGUGCUCGGGCGCCUUUUUGGUGGGCGGAAGGUAGAGGAUCGUCUCACAUGGAAUGGCAGAUCUUGCUAGCUAUGGGACUGCUGAGCGAGAUGUCGAACAGGCUCUUGUUGCUUUGAAGAAAGGCACCCAGUUGCUGAAGUAUGGCCGCAAAGGGAAACCAAAGUUUUAUCCGUUCAGACUUUCCAAUGAUGAAUCAACUUUGAUAUGGUAUUCGGGUGGUGAAGAAAAAAAAUUGAAGAUUGCUUCUGUGUCCAAAAUCAUUCCUGGACAAAGAACGCCAAUUUUCAAACGCUAUUUGUGUCCUGAGAAGGAUUACUUGUCCUUUUCGUUGAUAUAUGACAAUGGUGAACGGUCUCUUGAUCUGGUCUGCAAGGAUAAGAUUGAGGCUGAAGCAUGGUUUGCUGGAUUGAAGGCAUUGAUUUCUUCAGGUCAGCAUGAGCGAUCAAAAAUUGAUGGCAGGAGUAACAGAGGCCUAUAUUUCGAUGGUAGUGGUGAUUUUACUUCUGACAGUCAAAGCGAGAACUCCCUUGCUAAGACACUAGAGACUAGAUCAGACAAAUGUUCGAAGAACUUGAAUAGACCUCUCUCUGAUGAGAACUCCACAAAUGCUGUUAGAUCAUAUAUAGGGACAGACAAUACAAAUAUGCAAGUUAAAGGAGCAAAUUCUGAUGCUUUUCGUGUCAGUGUCUCAAGUGCCCUUAGCUCUUCCAGUCAGGGUUCUGCUCAGGAUGAUUGUGAUGCUUUUGGAGAUGUUUAUAUCUGGGGACAAAUUUUCUGUGAUGCCUCCUUGCUUAAUGGAAAUGUUGUGACUCCUAGAACUGACUUGUUACUUCCUAGGUCUCUUGAUUCAAACUUAGUUUUAGAUGUUCAUGCUGUCUCUUGUGGGGGUAGACAUGCUGCUCUUGUUACCAGACAAGGAGAAGUAUUUACAUGGGGUGAAGAAUCUGGUGGACGACUUGGGCAUGGGGUUGGAAUGGAUUCCAGUCAGCCUCAACUGGUUGAAUUGUUUACAACCUGCAAUGCUGACUUUGUUGCUUGUGGUGAGUUCCAUACAUGUGCAGUUACUAUGGCUGGUGAUCUUUUCACUUGGGGGGAUGCCACACAUACCGCUGGACUUCUUGGCCAUACCAGUGAAGUUAGCCACUGGAUACCGAAGAGGGUUUGUGGGCCUCUAGAGGGAAUUCAGGUUGCAGGUUUGUCUUGUGGUACAUGGCACACUGCCUUGAUUACUUCAACUGGACAAUUGUAUACGUUUGGUGAUGGAACAUUUGGCGUACUGGGGCAUGGUGAUCGGACAAGUGUUCCAUUCCCACGGGAAGUGGAAUCUCUGAAGGGCUUGAAAACAAUUGCAGUUGCAUGCGGAGUGUGGCAUACGGCUGCUGUGGUUGAAGUAAUCGUGACACAGUCUAGUGUCACUACUUCAUCUGGGAAGUUGUUUACCUGGGGUGAUGGAGACAAGAACCGUCUUGGUCAUGGAGAUAAAGAAAUCUGGACUGUUCCUACUUGUGUACCUUCUCUUAUUGAGUAUAAUUUCCACAAAGUGGCAUGUGGCCACAACCUUACAGUUGGAUUGACUACAUCAGGACGUGUUUUUACUAUGGGAAGCAUGGUUUAUGGGCAACUCGGCAAUCCCAGGUCAGAUGGAAAGGUACCCAUCUUGGUAGAAGAUAAAUUGGCAAAUGAAUCCAUUGAAGACAUCUCUUGUGGCUCCUACCAUGUCGCUGUGCUGACAUCAAGAAAUGAAGUUUACACCUGGGGAAAAGGAGCCAAUGGAAGAUUGGGCCAUGGAGACAUUGAAGAUCGUAAAACUCCCACACUCGUUGAAGCUUUGAAAGAUAGGCAUGUUAAACAUAUAUCUUGUGGUUCAAAUUUUGCUGCAGCUAUAUGUCUUCAUAGAUGGCUAUCUGGAAUGGACCAGUCACAAUGCUCAGCAUGCAGGCAGACAUUUGGUUUUACAAGGAAGAGACAUCAUUGCUACAACUGUGGACAUGUGCAUUGUCAUUCUUGCAGCUCUAAAAAAGCCCUAAGAGCAGCUUUAUCACCUAAUCCAGGCAAGGCAUACCGUGUUUGUGAUUCAUGUUAUUUCAAACUUAACAAAAUAUCAGAAGCUGGUGGUCCGUCAAGCAACAGGAAGGCUAUCCUGCCUCGUUUGUCAGGUGACAACAAGGAUAAGUUAGAUAGGCCUGAGAAUAGAACUUCAAAGUCAGAGCUUGUUGAAUGUAUAGAUUUCAAAACAGAAAAGCAUGGAAAGAGACCUGAUUCCUUGUCAGUUUUACCCUCUCAGAUGGCUAAUUCAUUACAGUUGAAAGAUUUUUCUGUUUCAAGCACAGUGACAAAUGCUGUUCAUAAACCAGUCAAUGUACCUCUAAAGUCUGGAAUAAAUUCUGCAGCUGUUUCACCUUUUUCCAGGAAGUCCAGUCCACGUCGUUCUGUGACACCUGUCCCUACAACAGGUGGGAUUUCUUUUUCAAAAAGCAUUGCUGAUGCACUUAAGAGAACAAAUGAACUUCUAACACAUGAAGUGCAGAAGCUACAGGCACAGGUUGACAGUCUGAAACAACAAUGUGAACUCCAAGAUUAUGAGUUGCAGAAAUCAGCGAGGAAGGCUCAGGAAGCCAUGUCACAGGCUGCUGAAGAAUCUUCAAAAUGCAAAGCAGCUAAGGAAGUCAUUAAAUCAUUAACUUUGCAGCUGAAGGAUAUAGCUGAGAGACUCCCGCCUGGGGCUUACUGUUGUGAUGAUAUAAGGCCAAUCUUCUUGCCUGACACUGUUGAAGCAAACUCCACUCGUCAUUCUGAUGCUAAGGAAGUGAACCAUCAUGUAAAUUACGUGAACCAUGGUACACGUAUAGAAUCUCUGACAUUGACUGGAUUUCAGAGGGGGUUGAAUUUUUCGGGAGAUGACCAACUUGAUACCAGCACAAGAAAUUCACACACGCAAGAUCCAAAAUUGCACCAUUCUAGUGGUGAGUUGGGGCUGGCCAAUUCAGUUAUGCAAAGCGGUGAAGAAAAAUUGUCACCAGCCAAUGGUUCAGCAGAACAUUCCGGGACAGAAUCAGAGACAGUUCAGAGCUGGCAAAAUGGUGCGGGCCUCUUGUUGGACAGUAAUAAUCAGGUGGAGUCAGAAAAAGUAGAACAAUAUGAACCGGGCGUAUAUAUAACUCUGUUGACUCUGCGAGAUGGAACUAAAGACAUCAAACGAGUAAGAUUCAGUCGCAAGAGGUUUGCCGAGCACCAGGCGGAAACUUGGUGGUCAGAGAAUCGAGAAAAAGUGUUUGCCAAGUACAGUAUUGGGGGAGAGGACAAGUCCUUGAUUCGGAUAUCAGCGGAUGCUGGACCCUGACAAAUUUAGUUCAGUUACUGAUUAAAAGAAUCUAACGGCAUUGCCGAUGUCGCCAUUUGCAAAAUGAAUGCAGCGGCCAAAGCCAGUGGCUCAGGACUUUUGUUCCUGCCAAAACUUGCCCCUUAGGCACUGACAGGAAUUAACGGCAUUAUCAAUGUUACCAUUUACAAAACAAAUGCAGCGGCCAAAGCCAAUGGCUCAGGACUUCCAUCCCUGCCAAAGCUUGCACCAUAGGCACUGACAGGAUUAUAAAGAGGAUAUGUACAUACAUUUUCCAUGUCAGUUUUAACAAUUGCCUGUCUGCAUAUUUUGCUUUUUUUUUUUUGGGCUCUCCCUUUGUCCUGCUGUAUUAAGUGUACAUAUAUUUCUCUUAAGAUAUAAGUUGGGAACCAUUUUAGUGUGCU